UUGAACUCUGUAGGUUUGCUCAUUUAAUGGUAUCCAAAAACUAAGAACUGAUGAUAAGCAGAGCAGACCCCAGGGCUACAAAACAAUGAAUGGAAAAGGACAGCAGCCACCCACUUUUGUCCUUAUUGGAGCAGCAGCAGAGGAGAGCCGCGUCUCCCAGCAUGGAAAGCCACAGGCACCUGGUGCAGGUCAUCCAGGAAAUGAGAAACGAAAUCAAGAAACUCGAGUCGGAAAAUCUCGCACUGCGCGGUGAGCUGAGCCUGUCGAGGGCAGACCCCGGUCCUGCGGAUCUCUCCUCUGGCUUUCACCCGCGGACAGACAGCGAGCUGGCAGGAGAGGAAGAAGCGUCUGACUCGCCGGCGGCCAUGAGAAGGAAUAUUUCAGCACCAGUGCUAGAAGAACAGCUCAAAGAAAAGAUCAUCAUGACAGUCAGAAGAUAUUCUGUAUCAUCGACACCCCGCUCAACGUUUGGCAAGAAGAACCAGCUGAGCCAAAACUUAGACAAAAGAGACAACAAGGGGGACACGAAUGCGCAGAGAAUCGAGGAGGAGAGCUGUGAUGAUCUGUCACCCAUAGCUGGCAAACAAGAGGCCCAGAAAACCCUGAACGCCUCAGCACGGGAGAAAUUCAACAACCGGAGGUUACUGAAAGAUUAUGUCCAAAAGUGCAGAACGAAAGUAAAAACUGUAACAUUCCUGUUGCCAAUGGAUGACAACUCUUUCUGCAAUGGCCACGUUUCCAAGAAUUAUAAACAGGAUUAGAAGUGAAAAGUUAACGUACUGAACUGCAAAGUACAGAAUGGAGAUUUUUUUUUACUACACCAUCCAGGUCAGUAACAGCAGGUUAAAUGGAUGCAGCAAAUCUCUGGCCUCCAGAUGAUGGCAAAGGAAAUCGCGUCUACCUCAUUGGCUGGGACUCUUAAGAUCACGUGAUGUGUGCGUUUAUAUCAGUCGGUUCCUGUUUUUCUCAAUCCAAUUGACUAAACUGCUUGCUGCAUCUGACCUCAUGCUGUGUGCUUCAGCUUUUACAGUAAGUGCUCCAAUGAAUUAUCUUAGAAUAAACCUAGGAGUGUGAAUACAUGCAAUGAUUGUGAAAAUCAUUCUAAAGUCAAUUUAUGAAUAUAAAAGGUAUCCUUAUUAAAAUAGUUAUAUGAUGGAAAAAAAUGAUUAUUUUUCUAAUAAAUGACAGUUUCUAGUGUUUUUAAUUUUUGAAUUGGUGCAGGUGCUUGACCCCUUCUUGUAAAUAUACACGACCAUUUCCUACUGUGCUGUUAUUAAGCAAAAGUCCAGUUGGUAAAGAAUUCCUUCAUAACACCUCUAGGCACACUAACACCCAUCAUGUCUGAGGUAUGGUGUUUGUAUGGCUACAUGACAUCAAGAGGAAGAAAAAAAAUACAAUUGUGACAAAUCUUAAAACACACACUGAUUGAAAAAAAAUACUUGGCACU